GAAGAGGUCCAGAAUCGCCACGGGACCUUCAGAGGAAGACCAGACCCCUCUGCAGGAUCACCACUCCGAGGGAACCACGUCCUGCCUCCAAGAGAACCGCAGCCACCGCUGAUCAGACCCCCGGGCUGCCAGGUUGUAUUCUGGCUCUGGCAGUCGAAGCUGCUGUUUUCUGCCUCUGCUUUCUUUCUCCUGUUAAAUUGUAGUUCUGACUUGGGAUCUCCCACUGGUUUGCUUUCAGACUCGUACAUAUUUUGGUACCCUGUGUGGGGCCAGUCCUGAGAGAAGUCAGAAUUACAAUUUUGUGUUACAGCAACCUCCUAUUCACCAUGGUGCUCACCGUGCUUGCACGGGUCUUGCACCUUGCUCUCUGUCUUUUUCCACACAUGGAGAGCUACCUGUCUGCUGCAAUGCUCCUGUUGAGACCAGGGAAUGGUGUGAAAAUUGCUUUGUUGGUGUAUUAUGCCUGUUGCAUGAUAACCUCUGAGGCAGUGAACAUCAUUCAUAAUAUACAUUCAGUUUUGUUUGCUUGUCCUGGUCUGGGCUGCUACAUCUGGGUCCUCUUCAACAAUCGCACCCAGCCCCUGGGGGAAAGAGUAGAGAGUGGUUUCUUCCAGCCUUUCAGACCUGACACAGCAGUUUUUGAAAAUAUUGAUCUCUCUCUGGGUGUCAAAGAUGGCUUAAUCUUCUUGUUAGUUCUGCUUUGUCUCCUCUCUGUAGCCUGCAGCCUCUACACCACGCUUAGCCACAGAGCAGUGCUGCGUGUGCUUCGGCGGCGUCUCGAGGAGGAGGAGAGGACAGAGCCAGCAGGCACCACGUCUGCACAGCCUGCCCCAGAGGGAAGAGGAACCCAAAGCACAGCAACAGGCACCACGUCUGCACAGCCUGCCCCAGAGGGAAAAGGAGCCAAAAGCAGGGAAACAGGCACCACAUCUGCACAGCCUGCCCCAGAGGGAAAAGGAACCCAAAGCAGGGAAACAGGCACCACAUCUGCACAGCCUGCCCCAGAGGGAAGAGGAACCCAAAGGGCAGUCAGUGCUUCCACACAGACCGUCACCGAGCCAGGACAGCCCGAGCCAGCAGCAGCUGCCCCUGUUCAGAAGAAGAAAUCCAAGAGCAAAUCCAUGCACACAGUGACUGAUGAGGAGCUGGCUGGACCCUCACACCCAGCAGAAGAGCCAGAGCCAGGGGUCAUCACUCUCUCUGUGUCCCCAGACCUGUGGAGGGAGCUCGCCCCCCAGAGCAACGAGUCCAUCCUGGCCUGGCUGCUCCGCCUCUGGGACGCCAGAGCCAGUGACACCCCUGUGGACAGGAGUGAGGCCAGGCAGCUGGGAUCCCUGUGCUGGGACGUGGUCUAUGCCCAGGGCACCAGGAGAACCCAGGAACCUCUCAGCCUCUGGUGGUGACUGCUGGGGAGUGUGAGUGUGAGUGUGAGGAUGCCUUUGUAAAGAAGACCCCCCAGGUGCACCAGGGCAAAUGGAGCACAGUGGAACAAGGAGAUCAUUUUUCCCUAAGAGCCCCAAGGCUGUACAGUGCACGUCGCAGAUGUGGUUGAGAUUUGCACGCCUCAGACCAGAGAGAUCCUCCCGUUAGCUGGAGAUGCUGCAGUGGAGGGAAGGAGAGGACAAGGAACAUGGGAUGGAACCCCCCCUCCUCCUCCUUAGCAGCCUGGGUACCUGAAGUGAGAGGGGGA